CGUGACUUGGCGAAGAAGAAACUCCGCAGCACGAGAUAUCUAUCCAGACAUUGCACCGGCUACAAUUAAAGACUUAUCUAUACUACUAGCAGAGUCUUUUCCCCCGGCAAUGGUUUGAGUCUGAGUCCACUUUCCGUUCAUGAUCCUGCAACGUUCGCUCCGGCCGCAGUCCGGCCUGCGCGCCGUCUCUUCCUCCCUGUCCUUCCUCCGAACAACUCCCCAGACUCGAUCAACCCACUAUGUCCCUCAAUUAGGACACGAUGCAUCCUUCAAGCAACAUGGGGUACCGGAUCUUUUGUCGCCACAGGGAUUCGAUCUGUCAUGGGUUCAAUAUCAGAGCUUCCUCAUCAACAAAUUAAAUCUUUUAACAGCAGGCACACCCGAUGAAUCUGCUACUCCCGGCACUCUUCUGGUCAGAUAUGCCCGCGACGCCAGCAUGGCAUCGGUUUUCAACUAUGCCUCAAUGGCCCACAACAACCACUUCUUCUUCAAUUGCCUUUCGCCCGAGCAAGUCCCCAUCCCCGAACACCUCUCCAAAUCCAUAGAAGACUCCUGCUCCUCCGUCGAGUCCCUGAAAGCCGAAUUCCUCGCAACCGCCAACGCCAUGUUCGGCCCCGGGUUCGUUUGGCUCGUCAAAUCAAAGGACACCGGCCAGCUCAAGAUCCUAUCAACCUACAUCGCCGGCUCCCCUUACCCUGCUGCCCACUUCCGCCGCCAACCAGUCGAUAUGGCAACACAGACCACCGGCAUUACGGGCGGCGAGAACCUAGAACAGAUCAGAAAACUCACCCCGACGAACCGAGUAGGCUCUAUGGGUGCGUAUUCUAGCCAGAAGUUCAUGGCGCCUGGCGCUAUUGAUAUCCACCCGAUCCUCUGCGUGAAUACCUGGGAACAUGUGUGGCUUCCGGACUGGGGUGUUGGAGGGAAACCUCAAUUUUUGGAGGCAUGGUGGAAUAGGAUUAACUGGGAUGAGGUGGCUCAUAAUGCCUCUCAAGCUGGCCCGAUUUCCACGCGCCCAGGCACCGCGAGAUCCUCAUACAGGCGUGGCGCGAGGUUCUAGGUUGAUAGUUUAAUGGGGAUUGGAAAUUAAAGAACCUGAAGAUGAGAACGGAAAUUUUUGUUUUGGGUUCUAUUAUGCCAGGUUUCUAUGUCUGUCUAUUCUGUAUUAUACAUAUAUAUCUCUUUCUUUCUUGUUUUAUCCCGUAUUAUACAUUUCCAUCACUCUAUCACCUGUGUGCUAUUAGAAAUUUGGAAUAUAGACGAUUCUCCAUGGCUUCUCUCUUUCCGUGCCAUGCCAAAAGGGAUUCUCAGGGACAAGGCAUUACCCCAAGCAUAUCUCUAACACCAGCUUACCCACCUAAUUUUCAAAUAACUCCAUGCUCCAUUGAUAAAUCCCCCAAAACCCAUCGCAAGCCCCAGUUCCAAUUCCACCAUCCACGCGCGAUCGCCUCACCCCAUCCUCGCCCUCUCCAACUCCCUCACUCUCUUCUCAAACGCCUCGAUCAUCAUCCCCGCCACCUGAUCCUCCACCGCCCCCAUAAGAGCCGCAUGCAGCGCACUGCGAAACUGAAACCGCACCUCCAACUCAACCCGCGUCUCCCCCGCGCCCCUCCCACCCCCCCCAUUCACCACCACCCCAUCCUUCCCCGCUCGCAGCUUCCACAACGUAUCCAAAAACUCAAACAGCCCCCCAUCCCCAGCUUCAGCAGCACCAUCCUCCGCCGCACGCCGCCCACUCCUCGCCCCCACCGUCCACAGUGCCGCGUCACACUCCACGCGCGACACAAACGUCUCCUUCAACGGGCCAUACCCCACCGUCAAGAAGGCGCUGGUUGGGUAUCCGGUCUUCACGUCGCGGGCCGUCACGGUCGAUGCGGUGAGGAAGGGGAGGAACUGGGCGUACGAGUCGAUAUCGGCGAUGGUGCGGAAGAGGGGUUCCGGGGGAAAGGGGAGAUUGCGAGUGGCUGUUAGGGUGCGUGGGGGCGGCGGGUUGGGGGAGAGGGGGUUCGUGAAGGAGGAGAGGGAGGGGAGGUGGAAGGGGCGGAGUUUUACGGUUGGAGUUGUAGUGAUUGGAGGGAGUUUGUGGGGGCGGAGGAGCGGCCGGAGGAGGAGCGGGUUUCGUGGGCGCAUUCUGCGUCCUGGUUUUUACUCGGCCGGUUUGCUCCUGUUGGCGAGGGUUGCCGUUGUGUUUCUUAUGAUAUGGCGAUGCGUGAGGGUAGCGAAAGAGGAGAUAUCUGGGCGAUUUUGGAGCUGCGAAGCUGCUGGUUUACUUCCGGGCUAUCGCAUGGCCUUAUUUUAUCGGAGGUUAUAUAUGACUGGGGUGGGUGUUGACUUGGAGGGUUUCGUUCUCCAGGCGCAAUGAGAAUCUGGGUAUUUGUAUCGCGGGAUAUAUUGCGAGAACAAUAUAGGUGGAUUAGAAAUUAGCAAAUUAAUGGUAUAAUAUAGGUUGGGGCUUGUGGUUAUUGCUACAGCUGGCUGAGUUGGAAGUGAACGUCGUGUUGAGAACCUCCGCUGCCAAGUCCGCAACAGCUCCGAUGCCAAGACGACGAAGUUUAGUUUAUUGACUUCCUUUCCGCUCGCUAUAACGGAGUAGAUGCACUUCAUCAAAUAAAGAACAUGACGCAUUUUAUUGUCCGAUUCGUCCACUAUGUGUGCUUCUUCUAAAUAAUAGCGUAUACUAU